GGUAAGCGAGGGGGGCCCGUGAACUACAGGUCCCAUGGAGCGCAGCCGCGGCCGUGCAGCAUGGGGGCUGUAGUCCUUCCCCUGCUGGGAAAGGCCAUUGCCAACAAUUACGGAGUUCAGCUGGUUCUCCAAAGUACGUCGUCGGCCGAAAGGACCAGAGCUCUGGAACUGAGAUUGCAGAAAGAACAGCCUUAUCUCCACAACCGGUUCUUGCAGCACGACCUUGAAAAAAACCAUCCUGGAAAACUAGCAGAUGGAAGAUUAAGUCCUUUAUCACGGAGUAAAAAAGCCUGCAUCCCUAUCGCAGCUAAUUUUGUCGAUAUCCCUAGCCUGGAAGUGAAAUACGGUCAGGGUUCCCUCACAGUCUGCGGAGACGGCUCUUUUCCAAAUCCUUUGAAGUGCCGAGUUCAACAGGGCUGCCACAAUGUCAGUGCAAAUGGCCCAGAUAAUAAUACUUACGGGAUCACAGGAUUUCCUUUGGUGUUCCGCUCGGCAGAAGAGAAAAUCCAGCUUUCGGACCGGAUGACCCUUGAAAGGCAGAAGCUGACCGUUUGUCCCAUCAUCGACGGGGAAGAGCACCUUCGCCUCCUGAGCUUCCAGCACAACUUCAUCACUCGAAUCCAGAACAUCUCCAACUUGCAGCACCUGAUUUACUUAGACUUGUACGACAACCAGAUCGAAGAAAUCAGUGGCCUUUCUACCCUGAGGUGUCUCCGGGUCCUUUCGCUGGGAAAUAACAGAAUAAGGAGAAUUUCCAACCUGGAUAAUCUUGUAAACCUUGAUGUCUUGGAUCUUCACGGCAAUCAGAUUUCUGUCAUAGAAAACCUCAGUCACUUAAAAGAUCUCCGAAUGUUGAACCUUGCCCGAAAUUGCAUGACCCACGCCGAAAACCUCAGUGGUCUGGAUUCAUUGCUGGAACUCAACCUCCGCUACAACAAGAUCAGAUCGGUGAAAGAUGUGGACACCCUGCCUAGCCUGCAGCGUCUCUUCCUCAGCUUCAACAACAUCUCUUGCGUGGAAGACAUCCUGUGCCUGGCGGACUCGGCGUCCAUUUCAGAACUCACCCUAGAUGGCAACCCCAUAGCGCAGGAGGCAUGGUACAAGCCAACGGUUCUCCACCAUAUGAUGCAGCUCCGACAGCUGGAUAUGAAAAAAAUCACAGAAGAAGAGCGGCGCCUGGCAUCCAUUGCCCUAAGAAAAGAGGAAGAGAAGAGGCGUGAAAGUCACAGGCAGACUUUGUUAAAGGAGAAGAAACGCUUAACCAUCUGCAACAUCGCCCAUCACUGGGAAGUCCAGCAGAGCCGCCUCGUCCUGAAGCUUUCGAACCCGGAGCACCUCCAAGGCGAGGAGCCCUGUCAGAACAACAGGAAUGAGGCUUGCGAAUUUCCCGAGGAGGAGGGCAGAUCCCUGGAGACCAUUUUAGACAAAGUUGUGCCUGGUCUGGAGUCCCACCUGGUUGAAAUAGACGGCGACACGCUCUGCCUGUAUGGUUCCGGAGCUCUGGAAUCCCUGGAUCGGAAUUGGAGCGUUCAGACGGCGGGAAACAUCGUGACCAUCUCCUUUGUUUUCAUCGACUUCGACGAAAUCGUUCCAGCGCUAUCGAAACUCAAGCUCAAGUUCCCCAAUUUUCUGCACUUGAAGUUCAAGGAGACCAACUUAAGUAUGUUGCAGCAGUUCAACGCCUUAGCUCACCUGCGCCGGCUCGAGCAGAUAACGGUCGAGACUCAGGGAAACCCCGUGGUCGCCUUCACCUUGUGGAAGUUUUACGUCCUGUUCAGGCUGAACCAUUUUAACCUGCAAAAGAUCAAUGGAUCGGAGGUUACUCAGAAUGAUAUGAUCAUGGCUGAAAGACUGUUUGGGAUCUUGGCCUACGUGGCAUCUUCCAAUGUGCCCUACUACCGCCUGAUCUCACUGCUGGGAGAUUGCAGGAAGAAACAGUUAUGCUUUCUUUUGGAGGCCAAAGGAAAGAAAUUUGGGAAUGCGAGUGACAACGGCAACAACCGGCGGAAGCCUGAAGGAGAAAACAGCACCCGAUCCGUUCUGACUUAUAUUUCGGGGGUUUUACAGACGGAAAAGCAGGAGGAACUGAAGGAGAAGAAGAGCUUCUGCCAAAGCUACAUCCAGCAGUUGGUGAAGGAAGCUGCCGACAUCCACAUGAAAUACGAGUCCUUGCAGAAGCUCUGGCCUCAGAUGUUCAUCGAGCUGGUCCGGGACGCCGUGAUCGAGAUGCACAACAAGGGUUCCCACCGGAGGCACUGCCUGCAGCGCCUGGCGGAGGAAAAACUGUGACCUUCCCCUCUCAGUAUUCCCACCAAGGGGUCUCUCUUGUUGCCGUCCUUCCGAGACACUUCCGAAUGCCUUGCCUUGAAAAAGCCUCCUUUUCCUAGCAAAACACUCUCUUUUCCUACUUUUACAUGAGAUGGGUUUUAUUUUUAUUUGUUUCCCCCCUUUCCCACCGAUUCGAUACGGAGAUAGGCAGACCACACAGUUUUUUAAAAAGUUAUUAUUUAUUUUUGCUGAGGCCAAAGGAUCCUCACUUUCUUGCACUUUUUUUCCCCCACCCCUUGUUGCUGGUUUUAUAACUCUUUGCAUGUUCAAGCACUCCUUGGGAAGAAAGAAGACCCGGAGCUUCCUCCGUUCGAUCCUGAACGGUUUCUCAUUCUUAUUUUCCUGGCGCUGUGGCUGCUGCGGGUGGCGGCGAUAAGCGGCAGAAACGUUGCAGGUGAAAACACUGGAUUUGGAGGAUUGGCGGUUAAUAAAUUAUUCUGUUGACAACU